AGAAAGAACAGAUUUGAUGAGUUGGUUUACCCUGGACAGGAGUUCAGUUCCCGUUAACGAUUUGGGAAGCUUGGGUGUGUGAUUUCUAAUCCGUCCAGUGAAGAUGGGUGUUCCAACAACGGUCUACAUUCAUACCAAUAUCUACAACUAUAGCAAUAAGUAUAAGAACCUAGAUCGCUUUCAAAAUGAUGUGAAAAAGUUCUUGAAUGAGUAUGACAGGAUCGUGUUGCACAAGGAUCUGUACAAGCUAGUUUUCAAGAGCUAUUUGCGUGAGAUUCGAUCGAAGGUGAAGAUACUGUUGUACAAAUUUGAAGCAACCCCUCUGGAUGACGGUAGUACACGGUCAGAGAAGGAAAUGAUGUGUUGUGGAUUAAGGUUUACUGACAAUGAGCAAUUCCGUAAGCAUUAUAAAGCUGUCCACAAUGAAGCUUUUCUCGUAUACCCGAACAUGCUGGAGCUAAAAUCUGCUUUCGCCAAGUUGGACCAUAUGAGGCAUCGUUUGGACGAGUAUACACGAUUUGGCAAAGAGUACACCUGUACCAUGCUGGUGGACUUGAAGAGAAUAGCAAAGAAGAUCUCCUGUACCUUGAAGUUUUAAAAUAAAAAUCGAACAGUUCGACCCAACACAAAAAA